AUGGUUAAUCUGCGCUCUGUGGAUCAGGGCCAUCUCAUAUUCAAGCGUGCUAUAGAACCAUCAUUGCCUGAUCAAGCAUCGGCGUCUGAAGACUCCAACUCGCUAUUUGGUGAUGGCUUCUUUUCUUUCGCUAAUGGUGAAUCCCAAUCGGUCUCUGAAGCAUUCCCAACAGCCACUGCAGAGAAGUCUAGCAGCAGCAGCAGCAACGCCGCUCACUCGUCUUCAGCUACCGAAAGCAGUACGGCAUCGUCAACUUCAUCAUCGCCAACGAGCUCCUCAAGCAGCAGCAGCAGCAGCAGUAGCACAACCAGCAGCGCCAGUGAAAGCGUAUCAGCAAGUUCUACAGAUUCGUUGACACCUUCAGCUUCAGCUUCAGCAGCAGCAGCGGAUGAUGCCCAGUCGAGUGAAACACUAUCAGGGGGAGCUAUUGCAGCUAUUGUCGCCAUCGUUGUCAUUGUUGUGCUUGGUAUUGUAUCCUACUUGAUAGUGAGACAUCGCAUGAAACGCAAGGGAAUGGCAAACAACAGGUUGACACGCUUCUCAAUGGGUCCAACAUAUAAUGCAACAUCCGGUAUGGGAGCAGCUCCACCACAACCACAACCACAACAAAGCUUUGGAUACUCAACAGCCAUGAACAACAAUCCACCACCUCCAAUGUCAUCAUCCACGUAUCCUGAUCCAUUUCAACCAUCACCUUCCAUACAACAACAACAACCCGUGUAUUCUUCACCCAUGCAACAACCAUACGCUGCUCCUAUCGCUGAAUCAAUGAUGGCUGCUGGCACAAUAGCUGCUGCUGGAUCCAUGCAACAGCAACAGCAACAGAAUAAUACCAUGGCAACCAUGGCAGGCAACAAUCAACCACAGCAGCCAAUACAUACAAUCGUUGCUGGAUACACGCCUGCAUUAAGUGAUGAGAUCCAAGUACAUCCUGGUGAUCAGGUGCAAAUCAUUGCUGAAUAUGAUGAUGGAUGGUGUCUUGGCAUGAACUUGACAACUGGACAACAACAAGGUGUAUUCCCCAAGCAUUGUUUUUCACCUCCUGAACCACCUUCACAAACAGCAGUCGCUCAACAAUUGACUUAUCCCACACCUAACUUUUUGGGUGAUCCGUUAUCCGUAACAGCAGCACACCAGAAGCGCGCCAGCUCUCUUUAUGGUCCUCUUCAGGCUACUCCAUUACACUAG